AUGUCUCCCUGCAUCCCCCGGCCAUUACCACCCAGGGACGUCAUGAAUCGCCACACGAGGGUUCAUAGCUACCAGCAACCGGAAAUUGUAACAGGUCGCACGCAGAGAAAUGCCGCCUGGCUUCCUUGUGAACCCCGAGUCAUCCCGCUUGAGAACCAAGGCACGGGCAGCGAAGAGCACGUGGUUGCAGAGGCACAUACAACAGUUGAUCCGCAGGGCUCGCAACCCGAAAAGUCGCCAACGACAUCGCUCGAACCAUCAGCGACCCUACCGGUAGACAACCAGACCUGGGCUCAGGACCCUGGGUUUUGGAGGGAUUCACCCGUUUACGGUUCCCAGGGGCGUAAUCUGCUCGACACGGGAAUGACAUUCGAUCCCGGAACGUAUGGGGUCUUUUCGAGCGAUCAAUUGGCCCCCCGGCACUCGUCUAUAAUUAAUUGGCUCUCUCCCGACGAUAACAUUCUGCAGGAAUGGGCCAGUCAACUUGCCGGCAUCCCGGAUGGUGGUAUAUUUCCGUUGCCCGGCCCCGUUCCAGAUGACCCCAGCCUGCCCCAGCUCCUUUGCACGGAGCCUCCUUUGGGAUGGGCUCCCACUAACAAGUCAACUCCCGAUCAAACGCGGGUAGAGACCGCAGCCGCGAUGGCGAGCUACCCAAAACCUACAGACAACGAGCCACCGGAGACACUCAUGGAUGGACAAACAUCACACAGCUCUGAAACCACGCGUGGGAAAUACUAUGCAGACGGUGUCGCCUGGAGAGCUCCCUUUCAAAGCAGAUUUCGCAAUGGGCAAGUCACGGAUUCUGUGGACAGAGCCGGUGUGACAGCGGCCGCCCCCUCCACAGAAUCGGUUGGUUCUGUCGCUACCAUGGAUGGAACUACGUCAUCGUUGAGCAAAUGGAUGGCCGAAGAUGUCCAUGCCAGAAUUGUCCGGAGCGUUGAGGAAGAGACCCAGGUAUCGCUAAAUCUUCCAUCUUUACAGGUCUUUCGACGCUGCGUGCAUCUCUACUUCGAGCGCCUGCAUCCAACCUUCCCUUUCCUCCGCAAAGCUACCUUCAUAAACGAGAGGCCACAUUGGAUACUUUCGCUUGCGGUGGCCGGGGUAGGAGCUGUAUAUUUACGCUCGCCGGAGGGCUUACAGUGGAAAGACAGUCUGAUGCAAGUACUAGACAAGGUUUCAUCACGCCGCCUGCAUCAACUCCAACAUUCGGUAAAUACAACGGUACCUGCCAACAAUAUCCUUGAAACAGCGAACCAAAUGGAGGAGUUUUUGCCCCUGAUCCAGGCCAAGGUUUUGCAUUUGCUUUGUAUGCUUCAUAGUAGCACGACUUUCAUUGCCCAACAUGCCAUGUUUGAGCGAGCCAACUUAGUGCAAUGGUGCUCGUAUCUAAGCCUAGUACCAGAUUCUGCUGAUGUCUUUCCCCCGGGUACCGGCAAGGACACCCAACAGUGGGUAAAGGAGCAAUCCUCGCUGAGAACCGGGAUGAUGAUAUGGCUGUUAGAUUCCAUUGUGGCCUACGAGUUGAGUUGCAACCACCUUAUGAAGCUAGGAGAUAUCAGGGGAUGGUUGCCCUGCCCUGAAAUAGCCUGGGAUCAUCCGUUACCUGAAAAUAUAGCCUUUGCUGAAAGUGUUUCCAUCUCUCUUCUGGAUGCGCUCGAUCUGGUUUACAUUGAAAAGCGGCUGCCUCCGCAGCUCAGCCAGUUCAGCCAGAUUCUUCUUAUCCAUGCUAUCUACCGGCGAACCACAGAGGUUGCCGAUCAGAGUCGCAUGCGAUUGUUGUCGUGGAGUCCCACCGACAGCAUACAGAUAUCAAGCCCGGAUCUAGCUUCAAACCAAGUGACGUGGCCACCGUCAAGCAGUAUCUUCAUCAAGUGGCGCAACGCUGCCUGUGAUGCACUGGACGUCUUACACUGUACCGCGAACAGCCGUGCUGCCGAAUCAUGCCGUGAAGAGCCCACCAUCUUCUACCUGCAUCUUGCCAGACUAAUCCUCCUGGCUCCAUGCAUGCAAUUUCAAAUCCUGGCUCAAGAUCCACUGCUGCGCGCUCGCAGCGGGCUCUCUGUCAGUGAAGACUAUGCUGGAACCGAUCAAUCGGAUGCCGAGCCGCGUUUGAUAUAUCUCGACCGACCUCUGGAUGACGAACUUGUACAGAUGUACAUCCGCAUGGGGAACAAGGUGUCCGCUCAACUGAAAGGGGUUGGAGAUAUUACCAGUGAUGGUGCGCCAAUAAAAAUCCUCAAACAAGGAUUUUACUUACUCGCAGGGGAGAAGUACUCAGGGAGAAACAGCGCAAGCAGCGCGAGCGGGAAUACCAACUUCCAAACUUGGGGUAUCCAGCAAACAUGGGCAGCCACAAUACGGUGUCUAAUUGAAGCGAGUUGA